CAGUUUCUGGUGACAUUUGAUUUAGAGGAAGACAGUGCAGAAUGGCGAUCGCAUCAGUCUGUCUAAUGCUCGCCACACUGAGUGUCACUCCCAACAGAUAUCUGUUCUUUUCAUAUGACAAAAUCUCUCUGAGAUGUGAGACACCAGCAAACUCCAGCAGCAGCUGGACAGUGGUGAGAAACACCACCAAGAGGACCAAUCAGCCCUGUCAGUAUGGCUGGGCAAUUCCCGGUGACUCCUCCUGCACCAUUGAGGACACCUACCCAUCAGAUACCGGAGUGUACUGGUGUGAAUCCAAGCAGGGAGAGUGCAGCAACACCAUCAACAUCGAAGUGACCGAUGGUGUCGUGAUCAUUGAGAGUCCUGCACUUCCUGUGAUGGAGGGAGAUAAAGUGACACUUCGCUGUUCCUACAAGGAAGAAGACCAUCCAAAAUCUACAUCAGACUUCUCUGCUCACUUCUACAGGAAUUAUUCUUUCAUCAGCACUGAGGCUGCAGGAACAAUGAUCCUAUCACCAGUGUCCAAGUCUGCACAUGAAGGUUUCUACCACUGUGUACACCCCACAAAGGGAAUGUCACCGCGGAGCUGGUUGGCAGUGAGAGCCACAGACAAAGUUCAGCCCAUAAGUGUUUCUACCACCACCUCUCCUCCUGUCAUGACUGUGCCCAGGGUGGUGUGUACCACCCUGGUGCUUUUCCUCUACACUGUCAUCAUGAUAGUGUGUAUCUACAUGUACCGAAAGUGGGCCCGAGCUCGAGCUGAUGCUAAAAAGAGAGCUUCUGAUUGUCUCGUAGAGUGAGGGAAGGAAGGAAGGAAGAAGAAGCACAAGCUAAGCUGAAUAGACGACCAGUUAUAUGCUGAGCAAUAUUACUGCAAAUAACUCAAUAUUCUUAUUUUUAUUAAUCCUGUUUUUGUAUUAUUCAUCAUAUCAUAGCUAGCAUAAUGUUUGCAUUAAAAUGACAUCGACAUGUUUCAUUUAAAAAUCUGCAUGAACUGAACAGUGUUGUUAAACAUCCUGGUUCCUGCAUCUGAUGAGUUUUAUGAUUGUGAUGAUAUCAAACUGCCAAUAACCUUGAUGAUGUUUACAUUAUAUUUGUAUUAUUUUAUCCUACCAGUGUUUCUCUGUGCUGUACUUGCUGAUUUUCAAACUAAGGAAUAAAUAAUACACCUCUGCAUUCUCA